AUGGCAAGCACCAAUGAGAAGGGUGCUCCGGAGAGCAGUGCCGAUCCUCAAAUUGUUCAGGACAACAGUGUGGUUGGAAAGGCUUGGAUGUACAAGCCCUUGAAACUUGGUCCUUGGAAGUUGCCUCACUUCGCUUCUCCUCAAGUCCAGUUGAUUCUGGUUUCCUUCGUUUGUUUUCUCUGCCCCGGCAUGUACAAUUCCGUCACAGGUUUAGGUGGCGCUGGUCAACUCAACUUGUCCGAUGUCAGUAAAUCCAACACGGCUACAUACAGUACUUUUGCCGUCGUCGGUUUCUUUGCCGGUUCCAUCGCUAACCGCAUUGGCCUGCAAUUGACUCUUUCGUUCGGUGGUUUUGGAUAUUUCCUCUAUGUCGCUUCUCUCCUGUCCUACAACCACAACGGAAAUUCCGGUUUCCUGAUUUUUGCCGGUGCGUUGUUGGGUGUUUGCGCCGGUCUGCUAUGGUGUGCCCAGGGUGCUGUCAUGAUGAGCUACCCGAACGAGCAUGAGAAGGGCAAAUAUAUCUCUAUUUUUUGGAUCAUUUUCAACCUGGGAGGCGUGAUUGGAGGUUUGAUCCCACUUGGUGAGAAUAUAAAUCAAAAGGAUGCUGGCAACGUCAACGAUGGGACAUAUAUUGCUUUCAUGGUUCUCAUGGUUGCCGGGUUUAUUCUCGCCUGGGGCCUCGCAGACUCAAAGUACAUUGUGCGAACUGAUGGCACGCGUGUUAUCACCAUGAAGAACCCCACCUGGAAGUCUGAACUGAUUGGUUUAUACGAGACUUUACUGAGCGACUGGUACAUCAUCACGUUUUUCCCCAUGUUCUUGGCUAGUAACUGGUUUUACGGCUACCAUUUCAACUCCAUCAACGGUUCUUACUUCUCCGUCCGCACUCGAGCCCUCAACAGUAUCUUGUACUGGUCCAUGCAAAUGGUUGGCGCCUUUUUGUUUGGCCUGAUUUUGGACUUAAAAUUCCUCAAGCGGCCUGCUCGUGCCAAGCUCAUUUGGUUUCUCUUGUUCGCACUCACCAUGGGUGUCUGGGGAGGUGGGUAUGCCUUCCAGAGAACCUACACCCGCGAGGACGUCCACUCCGAGGACCCCUCGAAGUUGCGUGAAGCUACGGACUGGACUAGCAGCGGCUUCAUUGGGCCAAUGUUUAUGUACAUGUUUUACGGGUUUUACGAUGCUGCAUUUCAAACAUGCGCCUACUGGUUCAUGGGCUGCCUAUCGAACAACGGUCGUAAACUAGCCAAUUUUGCGGGUUUCUACAAGGGAAUCCAAUCUGCAGGUGCGGCAGGGAUGUGGGCGAUGGACUUUAACAACAAGCCGUACAUGACCAUGUUUGCGUCGUGCUGGGGUUUGCUCGGUGCUGCUCUCUUAAUUGCUGCUCCGGUCAUCUUCUUUAGGAUUAAGGAGCAUACUGAGCUAGAGGAGGACCUGAAGUUCUCCGACGAGGCUGCCGCAGAUGUCAUCGGCCUUGAUUUGGUUGCUCAGUCGCAGCCCGAGUAUCAAGAACGGCAAGAAUCUACUCCCGAAAAAAAGAGGAGUCCUUCUGAUGCUUGA